CACAAAGAGAAACCCCGAGAUAUUGAGAGACAGGGACACAAAAUCACUGCUUUGGACCCCAUUCAGGUGGAGUGGGAAUUUUGGGAGUUGAAUCACUUAAUAAUAGGUGAUGUUUGAGGAAGAGGCGAUGCAUGAGGAGUCCAGCUCCCCGGAGUCUCCACUGGACAGUUUGGGAAACAGCGAAGAAGAGCUCAACAGACGACCGCCGAAAAGAAGCGGCAGGAAAAGACGACCGAGCAGGAAAAACGGCGAGGAUUCGGACAGUCCGACGCCCGGGAAGCGAAGCAAAAAGUGCAACAGCAGCAGCAGCAGCAGCCCGGAGUCUCUGGAGGACCUGCAGACGCAGCGCGUCAUGGCGAACGUGCGCGAGCGUCAGAGGACUCAGUCUCUGAACGACGCGUUCGCAUCCUUGCGCAAAAUCAUCCCGACGUUACCUUCCGAUAAACUGAGCAAGAUACAGACUCUCAAACUCGCGGCCCGGUACAUCGAUUUCCUCUGUCAGGUUUUGCAAAGCGACGAACUGGACUCGAAAAUGUCCAGCUGCAGUUAUGUGGCGCACGAGAGACUCAGUUAUGCGUUUUCCGUGUGGAGAAUGGAGGGCGCGUGGUCCAUGUCAACAUCCCACUGAUGCAUGGAUGCACUUGUGUAGUGCAGCACGAUUUUUGGCCUCAAGUAUCGAGUCUUAAGAAUCGAAAUGAACCCACUGUAAGGACCAAGAUAAGAAUUAUCAAGGGAAACAUUUUGGAGAAUCAUGACGUCGUUGCAAGCACUUACAAAUGGAGCAGGAGUUGCAAUUAAAUCUGGGCUUGUUGUUUCAAUUUUGCUGUUCUGACGCUGAAUGUGGAAACCAUGUGCUUCUGUACACAUGCAUGUCAGACUUGCCAACUCAUUCCAGCACACAGCAGGAAAAGACAUUGCAUUUACUGAGGCAGCAACACAGUGCAUGGCGUCAUAUUUAUUUAGUUUUACGAAACGAAGGAAGGAAGGAAGGGAUUAUGAAAACUGCUCGCUUUGGUCCAAGAAAAGACUUUUAUUUAUUUAUUAAUGACUGUCACAAUGCAGAAUAGAUCUGGUGUCUACAUGCAUUUCUAUUUUAAAUACUGUGUACAUAUGUGUAUAUUUUCUGCAAUAAAACAUGUUUUGAAUAUCUACUUCAAAGUAGUGUUGUAUGGAUUAUAAAGGAGGAAAC